CCAACCCAACACAAGGCUAGACUUGAAUCGACUCUGGUAGUCUUUCCAUCUCGGCCUUUUAUAACGACGAUUUACUCCUGCCAUUGACACGAUUAUUUAACCAUUACGCCUUCAUUCUGCUGCAUAUAAUCUAAUUCUUAGUAUAACCUGGUCAAUCUCUCUCAACAUGUCUGCUGUUCAGCUCAAGUUCUCGCUGCGCACCUCCUCCAAUGUCAAGACCGUCCAUCUGGUCGGCUCCUGGGACAACUACUCACGUCAGAUCCCCCUCUCUCGGGAUGAUGUCAAGCCAGGCGCAUGGACUGGCAAGUUCCGCUUCCAGACCUCCAUGCUGAAGCUGGGUGGCCGCUACUGGUACUACUACAUCAUGGAUGGUUACCAUGUCUCUCAUGAUCCCGCUGUUGAGUACACGGUCGAGCCCACCACCGGCCGCAAGUUGAACAUCCUCGAUGUUCCCGGUGGUAAGAAGUCGUCCCAGCCCGCCCCCAAGCACCACCGGGGCUCGACAGACUUCGUCAAGGGUCGUGCUCCUUCUCCGUCCAAGAUCCACCACCCCAAGCCGUCCAAGCCCUAUGCCUCCCGUCAAAUCCGGGAGACGGACUUUGCUCCCACCAUGGAAGACCUCACCAUGCGGUUUGCCGACUCUCGUCUGUCGGACGAGUACUCGCUCUCCAACAGCCCGCCCAGCUCGGUUGGCUCGUCCCUGUCGUCUCGCUCAUCUGGCAGCACCUCCCCGUCAUCCCUGUCGUCGAUGAGUGACCCACCCACCCCCAUCUGCCACUGCGAGCGCUACGGAAUCACUCGCAAGGGCGACCGGGUCAAGCUCGAUUGUGGCGGCAGCCGAUGCGGCUAUGUUACCGAGUCGUCUGAGGCUAGCUGCUCCGAGUCCGACAGUGAUGAGGAGUACCGCCGUGCCCGCAGCGGUGUCCGUCGCCAAGGCAUUGUGGUGCGCAGGUAAAUCAUAACAAUUUGUUGCUGCUUUUUGCCUUGCUUUAGUCAAUUUUACCCCACCUCAUGGG